AUAAUAGCCAGGACAUGGAAGCAACCUAGAUGCCCAUCAGCAGACGAAUGGAUAAGGAAGCUAUGGUACAUAUACACAAUGGAAUAUUACUCAGCCAUUAUAUUUAACUUUUAAAUAAAGCUUUUAUAAUAUAUGUGGCCCUUAAUCAGGAUUUUUUCCCCAUCUGUCCCUUCUGUUGCUGAAUAAUUUAUCUCUUUUGUGCUCUACAUAUGACCAGUUAUUUUGCAUACUGUUUUGGAUUGCUGAAGUGGCAACAUCUGGAACAGUUCCUGUGACCAUUUUAGCUUUGGGGAGUCAGGCAGCUGCCCUGAGACCUGUUUCAGUCAGGUUGAGGUCAGAAAUGCUCAUCUGCUUUUGUUUCCAUGAAACAGGCUGUCCUGGAGCUCUGGGCAGACACAGGUAUCUUCUGUGCCCUUCAAUAAGCAGGCAAAAUCAUGCAUCACAACCUUAGCCUGGUAUGACCCCUUAGAAACAGGUUCCCCAGCUUUCUCACAUGCUCGUUUUCUUGCUUUUUGUAGUUGCCUAUGAUUUUAGGCAACUCCUUUAGAAGACAAAUGCAGCUCUUCAGGUUGCUUCAAGGAUCAGGGCAGUGACUUUUUGCAGCCUCUUACUACUUCUGUAUUUUAUUGAAAUGUCUCUAUUUCCCUCAGCUAGGAGUUUGGAUCUACUUUGCCCCGUUCCCCUCUCCACCAGCCUUUUUCCUCUCACUUAAUUUGUUUCUGUCUACAGCUUUGAUCUCUUUGGAGAAAAAGCAUCAGGGCACUAGAGUAUUAUUACUGGCCUCUGUUUGUUUAUUUUUGCAAAUACAGUAUAAUUGGUAGUUGGUCUUUUGGCCAGCCUGAUAUCACCUGACCCUCAGCAGCCCUCGUUCCUACAGGUUACUCUAUGGGAGAAAAAUUAGCUUUACCCAUUUUUGUUUUCAUUGAUGUUGGUGAGAGCCUUGAAGUGAUGAUGACUUUUUGGAUGUGGAAAAAAGCAGAGCCAAGGGAAUACCAAUAAUUAUGCUAAUCUGAGAGCAUUAAAUCUUCAAAUAUUAUGCAUUUUUGGAUAAGCAAUUCUGUUGUUUUUGAAGUGUGGUUGUCUUUUUGUUUCUUGGGUGGUGGCCUGUAAUUUUGUAUUAAAGGAAAAAUACCUAAUCCUUCUUUGUUGACUUGCUGUGGAAAUAGGACUGACUUAUUUCUUGUUUUCUUUUGUGUGUAUGCAUGCAAGAUUUUUUUUGGAGUGUUCAUGAAAGGAAGCUAGGAGGAUGUGUGGGUCUAAUAAUAUACUACUUUGUGUAUGAAGAUGAAACUAAUAAUAAUAAUAAUGAUAGCAUCAUCAAGGGUGAGAGACUUGUAACUUUCAAAGCAUAAUUUCUUUUAUAGACUUAUUUUUCUCAGUCAAAACAGUGAUUUCAGCUACUUUCCCUAUAGUGAUGAUGGAUCUGUGAGAGCUUAUCUGACUGUUCAGUUGAGUUUGAGAGAUUCCAUCCCAGAGGUUCUUAAUUGGGGGGGAAGUACAGAAUCACCUGGGGGCCUGCUGUACAUCAGCCACGCAUAGCUCCUGCUCAGGACCUACAGACACGGGCAGUACAGAGGGAGGGGAGACCUGCUUAUUUGGAAAAACCUUCCUGGGUGAUUAAGAGGCACUGCAUCAGCCCACUCCCUCUGCUGGACCCCUCCAGGGAUUGUGGUCAUCUGUCAUGGUGUGGGGAGAGUGGGGACACCAUGCCAUCUGUGCCUGGAAGCCAAGGAGAGUGAUUACUCAUCUGGGAAUUAUGUAGAACCCACAAUAGCAAUCACUCUUGGAACCUGGUCACAGGCAGAACUCUAUUAACUCUUCUAAGCAUUGAAUAUUUGCAUUGUGCCCGGUGACUGUUCAUAGAGGGUCCUUGCAUAUACUGUCUCAUGUAACCGUUUAAACCAGUUCUAUCACCAGAGAAAUGUGUUAGCAGCCCCUUGAAAGAAAAUGAGCCUUCAGCUAGAUUCAGGAGAUAGGAUCUGAGGAGAGUGCCUUAAUGGAUUUUCACCAGUAAGGGUUUCUUGAACCUCGGUUUCUUGGUCCGUAGUAUGGAGUUAAUGCUAUACACCUUACAGGACUGGGAAAGAAGUAAAGAGUCCAUAAUGCUAUGGACUGGGGAAGAAAUAAGAGUGAUAGGGGCUCAGGUGCUGCCUCUGUUCCAUGAACCCUUCCUUAGCCUCCCUGAGUAGCCUUGUCUUCAUUUUCAAGAUGAGGAUAAGAAUAUGCACCUCCUAGGCUUGUUGUGAGGACUGCAUGUGAUUCAGUAAGAAAAACACCUUGCUUUCUGCUUGGUACAUGGCAGAUAUUUAAUCCAUGGUAGGGAUCUUCCUUGCUGCUUUGUAUUACAGGACUCUGAGGAUGGCAGGGAUGUGUUUUGGACAGCUAUCACCCUGAGAGGGUCUACCUCAUGUCCUGCAUUCCUAUAGUGAUAGUUAUAAUAAUGGUAGAAAGAGCUCCCUUUUAUUGAGUGAUUUUAUUGAGUUCCAGCCACUGUACUGGGCAUUGGGCCUACGUGGGGAGAAAAAGAUGGAUGUGGUUCCUGACCUCACUGAGUGUAACAAUGAGAAGACCCUAAAGAGAAAGUUUUCAAAGCAUUACUCUUCUUUGUGUGUAUAAGGGGAAAGCUUUAAUGUAGUAGGAUGGCUUCUAAAUGUGUAUUUCAUAACAUAGGGGGCAGAGUGUGGAACAUGUCUACUGGGAGGAAACUGGACUUUUGCAUUUCCUGCAUGCUUGUGCUUUUCAGUUUGUGGCUAUAAUGCUGCCCUGACGGAGGUUUGGCAGUUAAUAUUUCCCAGGGCAGCACGAUGUAAAUGCCCUGUGGUCUGUACUUACUAGAAGGAUAUACCCAGGGCAGAGUAGGGGGGAAAGGACCAUUUUCAAAGUCCCCCUUGAAGAAUUUUGUUGAGUUUUAUCUUGAAUUUCUCCCCAUCUCCUUCCUCAAACAUUCCUGGUGCUUGAUAUGCAUAAACUAUGCCCAUGUCUUGGAAAAUUCAGGUUUGACCACCAUAAAUUGGUUCAUAUUUCCAGCAGGGCAGUUAUUUAAUUUCCUGUUGGAAGUCUACAAAUGUUGGCACUGUUCACUCUUUGGCAAAGGACCAAAAACCAGUACAGUAUCAUUAGUCUGCUCUGGUGUAUAGAUUAAAGCACGAUUGUCUUUAAUAAGAGGCCAUCCCUGUUUAGGAUGGGGCUUGGGGGACUGCAAGGGCAUGGGGAAGCAUAAUCGAGCUUUCUAAUCAAAACCAAAGUGCAAUGACUGGGAUUCACUCAUGAAAAGGGUUAGGAGGAGGGCAGAGCUCUGUUUCCUUGUCUUGAUUUCAUUUGUUUGGGUUAUUUUUCUCUAGACCCUGGGAGAGUUUGGGAGGUUGAGACUGGCCAGGUCUGUGCCAUACCCUCAUUAAGGCUUCCCAGCUCCCUCCUCUUCUCUGGAUGUAUUGCUCCUGGGAGCCACCCAUCUCCAGAGUGCCCCGGGGGAGAAACAUGGAGUGUCUCCACAGAACCCACUGUCAUAACUGCCAUGAGGUAGAGCUGGUAUUUACUUACUGAGGCUCUGAAAUGGGUGAGGCGCUUUACAUAUAUCCUUUCCAAUUUUCACAAUAACCCUGUGAGAUAUGAAUUAUUAUUGCUGUAUUGAGGAUGAGACUGUUGAGGGGCAAAGAGAGUAAGUCAUCUGCAGCCAGUGAGUAUCUGAGCUGGGUUUGAACUCAGUGUGAUCUCUCUGAAAGGUUGUUCCUCUUUCCAUGUGCUGUGUCUGGACCCUAGCAGGGUUCUGAAGAAAGAAAGGGCUUGAGAUUUUGGAGGGAAGGGUGAGCAGCUUGAAAAUUUGGGGCUUGGAGGAUUAUUCCUAGAUACUUCUUACCAUGUUAGCCUUGUCUUUAGUUGGCAAGGAUCCUUCAGUGUUGGCUCCUUAGUAGAAUAAGCACAGAGACGUAUUUUCCCCCCUCCAAACACUGUAUCGUGAAAAAUGUCAUAUAUGGAAAAGCUGAUGAUGGUAUAUUCUUAAGUUCUGCCAGUUCUUCCUCUCUUCUCUGUACCAGACACCAUGCUAACUGCUUUAUUCACCUUAGCUCAUUUAUUCUUUCAGUAUUCCCAAUUUAUAGAUGAGCAGACUCUUUCACAGAGAGGUGAACUUCUUAUUUCUCUAAUUAGUAAAUUACACAGCUGGGAUUUGAACCUGGUGCGUGGAGACCGUGCUGUGGUAUUUCUCUGCAUUUCAAUGAAUUCUUCUCAGUGUUUCUGUUCUUUUUCAAUAUCAUAUUAUUUAGAAAAACAGGGUCUAGAUGGGAGGUCUUCAAAGGUUACUGAUAAGGCAAAAUUGCUAAAGCCCCAGAAAUUGAAGGCUCCCAGAAGCUUCCAAAGAAUCUCUGGAGCAAGCUGUAGUUUCCUUGAGCACCUCUGUCAGACCUUCUCUGGGGAAGGGGCAGUAGUUCUGCUCUCCCCAGAGUAGCCUUUGGAGUUUUUUUUUUUUUUUUAAUGAUUGACUCAACAUCUUCCUUUUACAUGUUAAAAAAAUCCAAACUCUACCUUGGGUCAUCAGAGUGUUAAUUUUUUUUUUUUUUGAUAGUGGGAUCAUCUUUGGCUUCCUCAGACCUCUAGAUAGUACAUCUUCCUUUCCUGGGACAGAAGGUGGUAUUUGUAGGCACUGAUUCAUGGGAGCAGGUAUCAUAGUGUAUGUGAUUUUUGUAGGGGACCAAGCAUGAAUGAUAAUUGGUGCUUUUCAGCUUCUGCAUGUUUGAGCCUGCUUCUUUACUGAUUGGAUGUUACCUUGAGCAAGUCAGGACUUCCGUGGUGGCCCACACUGUAAAGAAUUUGUCUGCAAUGCAGGAGACCCACGUUCCGUCCCUGGGUGGGGAAGAUCCCCUGGAGAAGGGAAUGGCUACCCACUCUAGUAUUCUUAUCUGGAGAAUUCCAUAGACAGAGGAAGCUGGCAGGCUACAGUUCAUGGAACUGUAGCAAGUCACAUAGCUUCUUAAACUCUGGGCCUCCCUGCAACAGUAAUCAUUGUCAGGAAGAUAGAUCCUUCCAUCAGGAAAUUUAAUCUUCUUAAGGAGGCAGGACAUAUAUUCAUGGAAAAGAUACUGCUGAAGAGGGAGGGCAUAGCAACAGACAGGAAUUGCUCUAGAGAGGCAGUGAAGAGAGAAGUGAUUUGGUUGGCAUAGUUGAGGGGAGGAAGAGAAAGUACCUGGGGCUUAAACUUGGGUUCAAAUCUCAGUGCUGUCACUCAAUAGGUGUGUAAUUUUAGAUUCAGUGGUCUUCAAGUUUCCACCAUAAAAUGCAGUUAAUAACACCUGUAUCAGUAUCAUUGCUAGGAUUAAGCUUACAUAACACAUGUAGAGCUCCUAACAUAGUAGUUCGUGUUGCUUGUGUUGUUCAGCCACAAAGUCAUGUCCAGCUCUUUUGCAGCCCCAUGAACUGUAGCCCGCCAGGCUCCUGUGUCCGUGGGAUUUCCCAGGCAAGAAUACUGAAGUGGGUUGCCAUUUCCUUCUCCAGAGGGUCUUCCCAACCCAGGGAUUGAACCCGUGUCUCCUGCAUUGCAGGUGGAUUCUUUAGCACUGAGCUGUUAGGAAAGCCAACCAUCUCAUAGUAGUUGGCAAUUAAAAGAUAUCUCUUAUGAGUAGGAAAUGGGGGAAACUGAGGCAGGUCUUGAUACCGGAACAGGAUUUGGGUGUAUGAAAUGACCCAGUCCUGAAAGUAUUUUAGAAAUCACCAUAUCAUCAAGAAGCAUAUUUGAAAUCCCAGAUUCUUCUCUUAAUAAGGCAUGCUUGUUUUAUUUAAAUUUGUUUGCUUGUUUGGUAAAAUGGAAAGAUGUCAACAUGUCAGGCAAUUGGGGGUUCUCUCCCUCCCACCCUCCUCACAGCCCCUGAAAUCUAUUGUAAUUUUCUACACACCUGUUUGAUUAUUUAAUGAAAUCUAUCUCUCCAUACUGCAACAGGCACAAAGAACCAGUGUUCAGUAAGAAUCAACAUUGGAAAUUGAGGCUAUAAUUGCACUAUUGCAUUUUUUUUUUUCUUUUUGGUGUUUUGUUUUUAGUUAGGAGGUCAGGAGGAGGGAAAAUUGCUGCAGAAGAACUGAAAUCCUGGUCUAGCACUCUGAGUGAAUUUUUUCUUCCCUUUCUUCUAUCCUACCUUGCAGUCAUUUCCUCUGUGUGCGGAUUAGGGUUUGAUGUGAAUUUUGACUUUCACUGAGAUUAGUUCUUUUAUGGCCUUGAGGAAUGUGUGGAUAAAGAACUUAAAACAUAUCAGGAGUUGACAGUAAAGUUCAAAAGUCAAAUGAAAGUUCUAAAUGUGUCACUUUCUUGGAGUGGUUCUGUAGUGGUAGUAUUAGGACUUUAUAAACAUUUUCUCAUAUGAUCUUUCUAACAACCCUUUGUUAUAAGAUAGGUAUUAUUUUUCAGUGUUAUUAAGUCAUUUGUUAAUUUCUUGACAGGUAUUGUUUUUAUUGCUAUUAUACAGAUGGAGACACAGGGGACAUGGAUGAGAGAAUAACUUGUGUGAGGUGAUGCAGCUAGGAAUUACCUGGGAUUUGAACCUAGUUCUCUGACUCCAAGCCCUUCCUCUGAGUCUAGGUGGAAUGCACUCCAUUACAGGCUUCUCUCCUGUAGCAGAAACAGAGUUGUCAGUCACUGCUGAGUUAGUGCCUACCUCAUCAUGGAACAUUUCAAGUGAACUCGACAAAGAUUCUUACCUGACCCUCGAUGAGCCGAUGAAUAACAUCACCACGUCCCUGGGGCAGACGGCUGAACUGCACUGCAAAGUCUCGGGGAAUCCACCUCCCACCAUCCGCUGGUUCAAAAAUGAUGCCCCUGUGGUCCAGGAGCCCCGGAGGAUCUCCUUUCGGGCAACCAACUAUGGCUCUCGACUGCGGAUUAGAAACCUUGAUACCACAGACACAGGCUACUUCCAGUGUGUGGCGACAAAUGGCAAGAAAGUGGUUUCUACCACCGGAGUCUUGUUUGUCAAGUUCGGCCCCCCUCCCACUGCAAGUCCAGGAUCUUCAGAUGAGUACGAAGAAGAUGGAUUCUGUCAGCCAUACAGAGGGAUUGCCUGUGCAAGAUUUAUUGGCAACCGCACUGUCUACAUGGAGUCUUUGCACAUGCAAGGGGAAAUAGAAAAUCAGAUCACAGCUGCCUUCACCAUGAUCGGCACCUCCAGUCACCUAUCCGAUAAGUGUUCUCAGUUCGCCAUCCCGUCCCUGUGCCACUACGCCUUCCCUUACUGUGAUGAAACCUCGUCGGUCCCAAAGCCCCGGGACUUGUGUCGCGAUGAAUGUGAAAUCCUGGAAAAUGUCCUGUGUCAAACAGAGUACAUUUUUGCGAGAUCAAAUCCCAUGAUACUGAUGAGGCUGAAACUGCCAAACUGUGAAGAUCUCCCCCAGCCCGAGAGUCCCGAAGCUGCAAACUGUAUCCGGAUUGGAAUUCCCAUGGCGGAUCCCAUCAAUAAAAAUCACAAGUGCUAUAACAGCACAGGCGUGGACUACCGGGGCACCGUCAGUGUGACCAAAUCGGGGCGCCAGUGCCAGCCCUGGAAUUCCCAGUAUCCCCACACGCACACCUUCACCGCCCUCCGCUUCCCAGAGCUGAACGGAGGACACUCCUACUGCCGCAACCCGGGAAAUCAGAAGGAAGCUCCCUGGUGCUUCACCUUGGAUGAAAACUAUAAGUUUGACCUGUGCGACAUCCCAGCAUGUGAUUCAAAGGAUUCCAAGGAGAAGAAUAAAAUGGAAAUCCUGUACAUACUGGUGCCCAGUGUUGCCAUCCCCCUGGCCAUUGCUUUGCUCUUCUUCUUCAUUUGUGUCUGUCGCAAUAACCAGAAGUCGUCAUCACCGCCUGUCCAGAGACAACCGAAACAUGUCAGAGGCCAAAAUGUAGAGAUGUCAAUGUUGAACGCGUAUAAACCCAAGAGCAAGGCUAAAGAGCUGCCUCUUUCUGCUGUACGUUUUAUGGAAGAGUUGGGUGAAUGUGCCUUUGGAAAGAUCUAUAAGGGCCAUCUCUAUCUCCCAGGCAUGGACCAUGCUCAGUUAGUUGCUAUAAAGACCUUGAAGGACUAUAACAACCCCCAGCAAUGGACAGAAUUUCAACAGGAAGCCUCCCUGAUGGCAGAACUACACCACCCCAACAUUGUCUGCCUUCUGGGAGCUGUCACUCAGGAACAACCUGUGUGUAUGCUUUUUGAGUAUAUGAAUCAGGGAGAUCUCCAUGAGUUCCUUAUCAUGCGGUCCCCACAUUCAGAUGUUGGCUGUAGCAGUGAUGAAGAUGGGACUGUAAAAUCCAGCCUGGAUCACGGAGAUUUUCUACAUAUUGCAAUUCAGAUUGCAGCUGGCAUGGAAUACCUGUCUAGUCACUUCUUUGUUCAUAAGGAUCUUGCAGCUCGCAAUAUUUUAAUUGGAGAGCAACUUCAUGUGAAGAUUUCAGACCUUGGGCUUUCCAGAGAAAUAUAUUCUGCUGAUUACUACAGGGUGCAGAGUAAGUCUUUGCUGCCCAUUCGCUGGAUGCCCCCUGAAGCCAUCAUGUAUGGCAAAUUCUCUUCUGAUUCAGAUAUCUGGUCUUUUGGAGUUGUCUUAUGGGAGAUUUUCAGUUUUGGACUCCAGCCAUAUUAUGGAUUUAGUAAUCAGGAAGUGAUCGAAAUGGUGAGAAAACGACAGCUGUUGCCAUGCUCUGAAGACUGCCCACCCAGGAUGUACAGCCUCAUGACAGAGUGUUGGAAUGAGAUUCCUUCCAGGAGACCAAGAUUUAAAGAUAUUCAUGUCCGACUUCGGUCCUGGGAGGGACUCUCAAGUCAUACCAGCUCUACUACUCCUUCCGGCGGAAAUGCCACCACUCAGACAACCUCCCUUAGUGCCAGCCCAGUGAGUAAUCUCAGCAAUCCCAGAUAUCCCAAUUAUAUGUUCCCGAGCCAGGGUAUUACACCACAGGGCCAGAUUGCUGGUUUCAUCAGCCCACCAAUACCUCAGAACCAGCGAUUCAUCCCCAUCAAUGGAUACCCAAUACCUCCUGGAUAUGCUGCAUUUCCAGCUGCCCACUAUCAGCCAACAGGUCCUCCCAGAGUGAUUCAGCACUGCCCGCCUCCCAAGAGUCGGUCCCCCAGCAGUGCUAGUGGGUCGACUAGUACUGGUCAUGUGACCAGCUUGCCUUCAUCAGGAUCCAAUCAGGAAGCAAAUAUUCCCUUACUACCACACAUGUCGAUUCCAAAUCAUCCCAGUGGGAUGGGUAUCACCGUUUUUGGCAACAAAUCUCAAAAACCCUACAAAAUGGACUCAAAGCAACCGUCUUUGCUAGGAGACUCCAACAUUCAUGGACACACCGAAUCUAUGAUUUCUGCAGAACUGUAAAAUGCACGACUUUUGUAAAUGUGGUAUACAGGAGAAACUAGAAAGUCGUAGAAAAGAUUUAUAUUCAAAUAUUUUUAUUAAAGUAAGGUUCUCAUUUAGCAGACACUGCAACAAGUAUCUUCUGUGAAGUUUAACUGUGUCUUACCAACCAGGGCAGACACCAGCCAGAAAAGAAACGUUGUGGGAUCAACACUCCCAUCAGGGUGUAUGCCCUGACACUGGGAUUGGGACAUCUGGUUUCAAGUACUGAGCACUGUAAACCAGUGAAGAGGAAAAGGACCUUAUGAUUAAGUAUCAAACCAAAAAGGAAAGUCAAAUGGUGCUUUAUGUAUUCACCUUUGGUCACCAUGACUGUUCUCUCUCCAAAAUGUAUAUACCAUAGCAUUUGUCUACCUGCUGUCUUUUCUUCAGGACAGAUGUUCAGGAAUUACAUUGAUUCAGUUUAGAUUCUAUGCAUGUUUGUAUGGAAGUGAUGUUCAGAAUCAAUGAGGAAACUUUAGGCCAAAUUUAAAAUCCCAAAUGGAAACGAGCCAUAAAACAAGUGUAAGUUUCUAAGACAAGUGUAAGAUUCUGAAGCCUUCUAUACAGUGGGGCUUCUUGGAGAAGGUGCAGAGUACACUUCUCUCUGAAUCUCCUAUGUUGAUCAUGAAGGCCUUUUCCACAGUUUACACAAGCCCUUGAAAUAACUAGGGCAUCAGAUCAUAAGAAGGCUAGAUAUGGAUGCUGAAGUUGAUUGUGGAUUGAUAGUUCUCUGUGUUGCAUUAGAAAUGAGGCACCAAAGGCAGCAGAGUCCGAAAAGCGGCCUCUUGGCCUAGAUCAGCAUCCGUGGGAAGGGAACAGGGUUCCCAUGGGGACAGCCUCACAGAAGCGUCCCUGGACCAGUAAUGUUGAAGAAUAGCGGUGUGGCUACAGAUCAGCUCAUCUGUGCUUGCCUCCUCCUGCAUAUGAGUUGCCCAAGGUAUGGGAGUACACACCAUCAGUGGACUCUGGGGAAGGAGGAAACUGUUAUCAAUAUCUAGUUAAUUUAAAGUUUCUCACACUUUAUUUUGUUAUCUGGAAAUGUUCACAGAUUUUAUUCCAGCAUCAAGAGUUAUAUGACAGUUUAUCCAUAGAGUUAGUUGGAAUCCAAAGACUAUGAAUUCUAUCUGCAAAAUAUUACAUAUCUUUGAAAACCAAGUACUGAGUUCUCACUUCAAACAUUUACCAUGAACUGAAUUUUUUAAGCUGGUAAAUAGAAGCAAAAUGAUCAUUUUUGCCUUAGUUAGAGGAAGGUAUCAAAUGUGCAUCUCAUGCCUUACCUGCUAGACAUCUUUUGCCAAACUUAGAGUUCUUAUGGGUUUCAAGUUCUAUAUAAAAAGGAAUAUUAUGAUUGAUGUUUCUCUUGUUAAACCAAAAAAAACUCCUUUAUUCUAAGAACAAUGUCUCAAAGUCUCAUUUUUUUUAAAAUUUUACAGCUGAAGAGACUUAUAAAGAGACUUACAGGAUAUAAAAUAAUUCCUGGCAAUAAUAUUUGAUAAAGAGAAUGUAAGAUAAUUAGAAGCACAUUGACAUUUCAGUUUUGUAAAAAAACAAAUUCAGUUAAGAUGAGAAAGCAAAGAAAUAUGUUUACAAAAAUGUGUGGCAAUUUUCCCAAGCAAUGAAUCUUCAGACAAGAAAACAUGGACCUAUAGGUAUUAUGAGCAUUAAAAAUUGGCUAUAUUCAGAUUUAUUUGGAAAUAAAUUAAUACAAUUUUACGGCAUAAAUAAGCGGAUUCAGCAGUUAAUUUUUUAACUUUAGGUAAAGGCGAAUAUUUGUAUCCUUUUGUUGCUAUGCAACUGUUUAAUGAUGAAGAUUCAACCACAAUUUUGUAUAUCAUACGACAAUCAAUUGUUUUCCAAGAAUAUUUAUUAUUUUAAGGAAACACAAUUUCAGUGAAUCUGAGUUUUUCUAGGAGUCCCUUAAAGGGAAAUUAGCAUUCCAUGAGCCAGUAAAAUAUCUACUCUGGAAAAACAUUACUAUGGAUAAAAAAUAAAUUCAAGUUAGUUUUUUAUAAAGAACUAUAACAUUUAUUUUAAACAUUUUAUAAUUACUGAAGUCAUUAAGGUGAACAAACUAAAUUUCAAAACCACUUGUAACAAUGUAUUUUAUAAAGCACUGUGAUACUGCAUAACACAGUCCCUUUUGUAUUAAAAUAGUAUUUUUUCAUAGACUGAAAAAUAUCUUUUGCUUUGUGGACAACAUUUUGUAAGAUGACUUUAUUUUCAGAUCUUUUCCCUUUUUUGCACAAAACGAUGUUUAUGGUUUGUAUCACAGAAAUGAAAUAUAUCUCUGCAUUUUUAUAUCUGGUCUGUUUCCUUGUUUCCUUCGUUUUUAACUCGAUAUAGUUUUUUUUUGAAUAUAUAAUGGCACUAUUCAGAUAUCUUGCCCUAUCUUUCCUUAUU